GAUGGUUGCCAGCUCCACGCGCUGGUCCAGGCGCCCAGUCGCGCCAGGCUCGCUGGGUGGAGUACGUACCGACCGACUAGACGGAAUGAGCCGUCCACUGAAGCCUGCCCCACGUGAUGAAGCUCACUGCGGGCGAGCUUCGAGGCUCAACGACCACACCUCCUUUCUGGCCAGUGUCAAGCAAUUCCCGGGCCGACGUUGUGCUUCGUUUCCAGUCCAACCUGCCUGCUCGCUUCAUUUCGGGGAUCGCCGGCAUGCUUUGGGCCUGAUUUCUGUCAUCUCCAGGCCAGCCCCGCGGUCAGACGAACCAACUCACACGAGCUUCUGCUCCCCUCGCCCCACGCUACCCAUCGACUAUUACAUGCCCGUCUGGGCUAUCGCUCGACUUUGAAUAGCUCUCAGUAGCACUGUCUACCAAUUUGACCACCAUGACAGAGACGGAGAAGCUUGAGCCUCCGAAGGGAUCUCCCAUCGCGGACCCUGGAGCGCAUGAUUUGGCUGAGUCGUCCGACUCCGAAGAUCAGUUCACCGACGCCCAGUCUGCACCCACAAGCCCCAUUAUGAGCACUUCAAUUCCCACGACCCGGGUCGAAAGGAUCGAUGACGAGCCCGCCUAUGGCGAAGUUCCGGGCACCGAAGCGUACGCCAAGCGAGAACAAGAUGCUAUCCCCGACGAGAUUGCCGUUAUCCAUGACGAUGCUUUGUCCCAAACAUCGACCUCGACAAUCGAUGCGAAGGUUCCUACGACUCUUGUAGAGGAGGCUCCUGGGGAUGUACCUGGAUCACACUCUGCCAAGUUUGAGGAUAGACGCAUGGCAGAUGCAUCUCCCGAUCUGGUCUUGGAUUCUGAAGGGCGUAUCAAGGAAAUCAAUGGCGAAAGCACAUCCGAUGAUCCGCCGUCUCCUCCAGGCUCUCCAUCCGAAAAGUCAGAAGUGGAAGACUCCAGCUUCCAAGCCCCUCUGGCACCACCAGUAGAGGAUGGUGACGAUGAUGAGGAAGAAGACGAAGACGACGACGACGGUGACGGUUUCGGCGACGAUUUCGACGAUUUCGAAGAGGGCAACCAGGAUGACGAUUUCGAUGACUUCGAAGAUGGCUUUCAACAAGCCGAGGCCACUCCUGCUCUCAACUCUCUACCACCCCAACAACAAGCACAAUUACCAUUCCCCAUACCUGACUUCGAUGGUCUUGACUCAGAGAGUGUCAUAUCAUGUCUGGAGCCCUUCUUAGCCGACCUCUUCCCUCCCGAGCAGCUCGAUCUCCCCACCUUCCCCCCCCUCUCUAAAGAAUCCUCCAUCUUCCUCACUCCCCGAUCUGCAUCACUCUGGUCCCAGCUCGUGGCUCCUCCGCCCCUCGCUCCCCCCGACUGGAUCCGAUCACGCAUACGCCGACUCUUCCUCGUUUCCCUUGGCGUCCCUGUUGACCUUGACGAAAUCCUCCCCGCAUCCAAGCAGAAGAAGCUUGUUCUCCCUUCUCUUCAUGUCUCAUCCACCUCUCCCCGCACAUCUAGUGACUCGCGCUCUGUAUCCCGGCUACGGCAAGGCGAAGGCAACACAUCAUCCACCUCAGUUGACACUCAGGGGAAGCCGUCAGCGUCUAAGAAGCGGAAGGGCCCUCCCCCGCAGCCAGAGCUGGAUCUCGUGGCUGCCCGCCACUUGUGUAUGACUACGGACGAGGCCCUGAACGGCAUGACAAACGCGGAGCUCAAGACCCAUGUGGCGAAACUAGAGGCCAUGGAGUGGGUAGCCAAGGAGGCAUUGGAGUACUGGAAGAAACGAACAGACGAAAAGCUUGGAGACAGAGAGGCAUUUGAAGGUGUAAUAGAAAACCUCGUGAAGCACGCAAGGAAAGUUAGGAAAUAGAGGAAUAAUUCGGGCUCAAUGACAUCAUCCAAUCAUGGGUAAAACCCUCAUCAAA